AUGUACCUGAAAUGAAAGAGUGUUUUAAAGCCUCACAUGUACCUGAAAUGAAAGAGUGUUUUAAAGCCUCACAUGUACCUGAAAUGAAAUGAAACGGUGACUUAGCCUCACAUGUACCUGAAAUGAAACCUCACAUGUACCUGAAAUGAAAGAGUGUUUUAAAGCCUCACAUGUACCUGAAAUGAAAUGAAACGGUGACUUAGCCUCACAUGUACCUGAAAUGAAACCUCACAUGUACCUGAAAAGAAACGGUAAGAGACCAACAGGUCCUGACAGGAGAGCGCAGUGUUUUCCCCACACUUGUCACACAUUAUUUCUCUCCCAGAAAGCAUCAAGCUUAAUCCAUCACUUCAGACAAAAAGAGAGAGGUGGGCGGGGCCAAAAGCCUCACUGCCCAUGUGACCAGAGCGGCUUUUAUGAAGGCCUCUACAGUCGAGCUUGUCUUUCAGCUCUUACCUCUUUGCUCACUGACUAUCCCGCCUGUCCUUCUGAGAGAGAUCUCCUCAGUGUAGGUCCACACACAUUUGAAAUCCACACAGCAACAGCAAACAUCUGUCUAUUCCUUCUCAGGCAAAAUGAGGAGGACACAGAACGAGCAUCUGUUAAUGAGGGUCCAUCAAUCACCAUUCAUGCCUUCCUGGUGCUAUGGGAUCUCGCCCCGAUUGGCUCUGCUUAGAGGGAGAGCACAGGUUCCCAUCCCAGCAUGGAGCUGCUGUUGUCUUUGAGCUCACAUCCUUAACCUCAAUGUCAUUUGUCGGUGGCCAGCAUUACAUAGAGCAUAGACUCGUGAGCUUUACAAAUCACUGUAUAAUAAAACGCUUCUCUUUACAUACUGCCCCCCAGUGGUGGCUGGUGGAUGCGCAGUUAAACACAUAUAUCGACACUGAUAGUCACAGGUCUGAAAAACUUGGGUAAGAAAGCUUAGCCUUGACCGGGAUCCAUGGGAAUCCUACAGCUGGGGGUGAUGCGAGGGGCAGCCAGCAAACAAACACGCUGGCCUAACUUCCCGUGGGGAUUUCCAGAAGGGUUACACCUACUACUGGCAGGAAACGUUACAGAAGCUUCUGGAACGGUAGCGAGAGCUAACAGUGAGAUUCCAGCUUGUUAAAGGUCUAGAUGGACCACAGCAGCUUCAAGCCUCAGACCAAAUCAAGCAGCAGAUGAAGUUGAACUUUCAAGGUGAAAUUGCACCUGUGGACAACCUGGUCCAGAAGAUUCCAUCUGCGGGUCACAGGAAAACGCACCUUCUGGACACUAGAGAAGCUGUACUCACCAUCCACUCUACUAAGUGCUGGGGGCGGGAGACACAGGCUUUGAUGGCUGUCCCAGUGGCGCUGCUGGCUGGAGGCCUGGUAGCAGGAGUGUUUCUCCUGCUCCUCCUGGGAGUCGCAGCUUACAUCCUGUGGAGGAGACGGCGAGUGCAGGGGUGCCACCGAGAGCUCCUCGCUCCGGGGUCGGACACCUCAGGACACACCACUCCUGUAAGGCUGGGCAUGCGCCGGCUGGGGGACAUCCCCUUCCAGGUGCUGCGCAGCGUUAAAGGAUGCACUCAUUCUGGCACGGGGGGGCAGGACGGGGGUGAGGAGGCGGAGAGAGGCUGGUCAGCCUCCUUCCCUUUGGGGAGACUGCAGCCGCACCUGUACCAGGUGCCAGCGGAGCCCAGCGAAGGGCCGCCCCCUGCUGGUGGGUCGGUGCAGCUGUGUUUCAGCGUUGCGUACCGACCCGAUGCGGAGCAGCUCCUGGUGUCCGUGCUCCGCGCUGCCAAUCUGCCGCCCCGCUGCCAGUCCGGCGGCACGCUGCUCAAGCUGCAGCUGUUGCCUGAAGGUCGACGCCGGCACCAGGCCAAGGCCCGGCAGAGGGGCUGCGACCCCACCUUCAGAGACAGCUUUGUCUUCCAGGUGUCAAGCGAGCGCCUGGACCAGUGCACGCUGUGCCUGUCCCUCUUCAGUGUGGACGGCCUGAAGAAGCACCAUCUGGAGGGCAGGGUCCUGUACCCCCUGAAAGAGUGGGCUCUGCGAGACCACACAGGCCGGGCGCUGUGGAGGGAUGUGGAGACUGACAACGAUCAGCCCUGCUCCGAACACGGUGACAUUCAGGUGUCCCUGAACUACAGCCCGCCCCUGCAGCGGCUGACGGUGAUGGUGCUGAGAGCGCGGGGACUGCGCGGGUUCCACGGCGAUCCAGGCAUGUGCAUUCAGGUGACGCUGCAGAUCCACACUCAGGUAGUAACCCGCAAGAGGACAGCAGCCGUGAGGGGGGGUGCAGACCCCACCUUCUGCGAGAGGCUUUCCUUCAAGCUACCCCCCAAGCACCUGGAUGAGGCCUGCCUGAGUCUAGAGGUGCUACAGGCCUCCAUAGGAGGGCUCUGCUCCAUGGGCCUGGUAGUGAUUGGCCCCUUCAUGUACGCCCGCGGCAGAGAGCUGGAGCACUGGAGUGAAAUGACCAGCAAGCCCGAGGAGCUGGUCAGGAAAUGGCAUGGUCUUGGCCCUGCCCCCUGGCAGAGACCACACCCCCUGACUGCAGAUACCACCCCCAGCCCCACAUCAGGCAGCACGGAGAAAGAGAUCGAAAUGUCAGAGUAAUGCCAUCCCUCACAGACCAGACAUACGGCCCAAUAUGGCCGCUUGGUCACUGAGAGAAGCUUACAGUUACAAAUGACAUUGUCAUGUCUUGAGCCUCAGUGUACUCACUUUGUUAGAUUUUAAAAUGCUGUGUGUGGCAGGCUUAUGACAGAAAUCACAAACUAACUUUUCAACAAGCUGUAAAAAAUGGCUUUCUGUACCAUCAGGUGCAUGUAUCAACCAAACGGCAAGAUUAAAUUCACUUUAACAAAGAAAAACACAAAAACAGUAUGUUUGUCCUGGCAGUCCUCCAGUCAUGUCCUCCAGGAAUAAACUGUAUUCAGCAAUAAAGUCAUUAAAAAAUUGUGAAUUGAAGUACAGUUGACAAUGUAAUCGUAUAUUUUGUAGAAUUAACAAUUAGUAUACAAAAUUAUAAACUGUUAAAACUUUUAAAAUAAAAUGCAAGCAAAAACAGCCCAGUCAGCUUCUUCCUGCUGAGACUGUCUGGUCAUUUUGGUCUUUUUUGAGACUUUGUGGUGUCAGCUCCCCACCACGUGUGAACUCCAGUGGAAAUGGUCUGCACCCGAUGACCUGCUAUCAGACAGCUACCUGGAUGUAAUGUCCCCUUUCAGUCUGAUGUUUGGGGGCCUUUUCAGUGUUUUUCUGGUUUUCGGCUGAAAGGACACCUCUGAUGACGUUAUUUCUCCACUUCCUGUUGCCGAUAGCUGAUUCCAGCCUGAAACUGCAGCAUCUCUGAGUGGUGACCUCUGGCCUCUCCCAGGCCUCUAGGUCACAACAAGGUGUGGAACAUUCUGGACCGCAGACUGCUGAACCUGGGAGCGUUCCAGAUGCCGGACCUGCCGGACCUGGAGCAGACACCUCUGGGUAUGAAGGAAGAGUGUGGGGGGGGGGCCCGACUGGCCUGGGAGCUCCAGACUGUGGGCGAGCAUCUUUGAAGCCUUUCCACAGCGACUGAGUGGUGACCCCGCAGGCACUGGUUUAGCGUCACAACCAUCACCAUGGACAGCAGGGCAUGUGGGCUGCAUUGCAGACCCCAGUACACACACUCAUCACCCCCAAGGCUACCCACCCUGUUCCAGUGCGUCACCAAGCCCCCAUCCUCGCCCAUACCUGCCAGGCUGCACAGUGCUUGCAGGCAGGCC